CUUGUACGGCGUCAAUGUAUGGAAACAGAAUGUUCCUAUUCCUUCACUGAACCACAGUUAAUUGCAAGUCUAGUUUAGAAAGGAAAACCAACCUUUAAAUGCGAGGCAUUAAAAUCCCUACACAACAUGACUGAAGGAUGGGGGAGUGGGGCGGGGGAAUGUAACAAGCCUACUGAACACAUCAUCAUGAAUACAAAAUGCUGAGUUACUGAUUGCUAAAGCAACUCAGGAAUCUCCAAUAUCUUUAUCUUCAACUGCAUGCAUCACUCUCUUCUCUAACAGGGUUUCUGAUAUGCAUGAUAUCCAUACAUUUCUGUGCCAAAUCAAUCUUGCUGUUCUGGAAGAACUGAAAGUCCCACCUCAGCAACCAUACUAUUUGUGCACAUGGCUUUUACUUUGGGAACCAGUCUAAUCAGUGGUAAACACCAGAGUAUCAUGGUACACCAGUAACAGCUUUCUAGUGGAAUAUCCUGCUGGUAUUCUCUCUCACUGGCAUCACAGUCUGUGUGCAGACAAGAUAAUGUGAGGGUAAAAGUUAUGGUCCUCAUACCUGCCAGAUUAUUGCUGCUAUUUUCAUGCUGGCGAGGUGUCCAGCCCAAUAGCAUCUCUAAAAUGGCGGGGAGUUAUGUAACAAAUAGCCUGAAUACGGGAUACAUGAGGCAAAACAGUAUGUUUGGCAUAUUUGGUGGCUUUGUGCCAUGUGAACGAGGGACUUGUACUUCAAGGCAUUACUGUGACCAAUCAGGAGGUGAAUCCAUAGGCUACUGCUUUGAACCACAGAUGUCGUCAAGGGGUGUGUGUUGCUCCUGUAAGUAUGGAACUGUACAUAAAAAACAAACCCUGAAAUUAUGCUUUGAAAUAGGUCAUGACUACUUCCACACUCAUCCUUACCUGUUCACUAUACACAGCUUUGUCACAUCACUUCUCCAUCAGUUACAAAGACGUCACAUAAGAAAUAAACAGAUGAAUAUGUUUCUUACAGUUAGGGAGUCUUGUGGUCAGACUACAUAUAAUUCUGUGGCCCUCUUCCGGAAUCCCAACUAUCCAAAUGCGAACCAGGAACCUGUCAACUGUGCUUUCACCAUGGUUCCUAGACAGGAUGUGUGUGGAGUCAGGGUGGAGUUUCUGGAAGUCAGACUGUCUCCUGCAGUAGAAAGUGCCUGCGUACGAGAUUCAGUAAUGAUACUACAGUACAGCCAAAGUCUGGAUGGCUAUAAUGUGCCAUUCUGUGGGUUGAUACAUGGAAUAUCCACUGUGAUUCAAGUGAGAGACAUGUCAAAGGUUCAAGUUGUGGUAACCGUACAGAGUCCCAGUGCCCUUUGGAACAUCCGAAUGGCUCAGAUAAACUGCUCAUCUGUACAGCAUCCAGUGGUGGAGGCAUGUGGUAUCGCGAAUGCUUUGUACCCAAGCACGGAUUCCAAAGAGAACUCCUUAUUAUCAAAACCAAACUCCAAUAUGACAUCAAACUCCAUCCCGAUAUUCAGAACAAAGCAGCGACACACCACUCAGCCAAAGACUGUCGAGAGCAGGAUAAUAGGGGGUAUGGAGUCUCCCAACAUAUUUCCAUGGGUCGUGGCAUUGAAACUUGAUGACGUUCCCAAAUGUGGAGGAGCCCUUAUCACCAGUGAGUGGGUGCUGACUGCAAGUCACUGUUUAUUAAUCGUUCAGAGACCAGACAUACCGGAUAUACUGCGCUUCACAGUGAUCCUGGGUGCGCACAACUUAUACAUGAUCCAGGACAUGAGACAGGUUGUACAACCCCUCAGCAGAAUAGUGCGGCAUCCUCAGUACCUCGGGACUAACAAUGACAUCGCUCUGCUCCGCCUCAGUCAGCCUGUCAGCUACAGUGUGGUCAUUAGACCCAUCUGUCUGCCACCAUCAAGUGAUGAGACAUAUACCGGUCACUACGGAAUCAUCGCUGGCUGGGGCUUAACGGGAAAUGGUUCCACGCAGACGCCUGUCCUGCUCUCUGGAACUGUACAGAUCCUGGACAAUGCACUAUGCAACCAGUUGUGGAACGUGAUCAGAGUGCCUAUCGAUAACUCACAGCUGUGUGCAGGAAUAGGCAAUGCAGCAACUUGUGGGGGUGACAGCGGAGGACCCCUGGCUGUACAGGAGCAGCAGAAUGGUUUCUACAGUGUGGUGGGCAUCACCAGCUUCGGGUCGCCCGGAGGGUGCGGUAACAAGAUGUUUCCAGACGUAUCAACCCGCGUUACUUUCUACCUGAACUGGAUUUACCUGGUGCUGACAGACGCCUGAGUCAAGUAAUAACUUACUGUCUAGUAAUAAACCCAAAAGUUCGAACUUCACGGAGCACAGUCCCUCUUGAGAAGCUGACAGUCACUCAACUAGUCAUAACAUUCCUGACCUUUUGUGAGACCCAAAGGUUCAUUACUGUCUUCACAAGAGCCCACCACUGGUCGCUAUCCUGAGCAGAACCCAAAAGCUCAACAGUUAAACUUCAUGCCCAAAGCCCACCACUGGAUUAUACCCUGAACCACUCCAAUGCAGUUCACAUCCUAACAUCAUAGUUUUCUGUGACCCCCACCAAAAUUCUGUAUCUAUUUCUUGACUCCCCAGCGAACCUACACGUACUAGUCAAUCAUAACUUUUAGGAAAAACAAACAUCAAAUCUCAUGAAUAGAAGGACCAAGACUAAGGAGAUGACAAUAUUAAAACGAAUCUUAGGAGAAAAUUGUGAACAUAAAGAGGUUGAUGAAACUGGGUUAAGGUUUUGGCGUUUGCAGUGUUGAACCUUUGGGUACCAUUACCUUAGCAUUAGGCAGAUACUUACAUGAACAGGUUAUGUAAUUAUAAAAUGUUUGGUAAACUCCUUGUCCAGUGAAUUCCAGAUGGAAAAUCUACUUGUGCACACCAGUACCCACUGUAUCAUUACUAUACCCAGGGUGAUGCUCUCCCAUCAUCAGGCUCCAACUAACUGGCCUAACAUUUGUAUCUAGGGUCCACUUCCAAGAAUCAGAUGCCAGGAUGGAAACAGAAGACAAGAUAAGAAAUACACACAAACGAGACUUUCAGAGAAGCUUUGUGCUGUGACAAGAUCUCUGAACA